AUGAAAUCACGGCGUUUCACCGAGGCACCUCCCGACAUUGGCCAGCCGGAGGUUCCGGAGCUUCCAAAGUUGACUGAGCCGGAGCCGGAGCUGGAGAGGUCACCUCCAGCUGUACCUGCCCUUGAGCCACUGCCUCCACAGUUGCAGAGGACCCAUGCCAAAGCAGCACAGAAGGUUCUGAAGGGCUUAAGGCUCAACCUCCAGCGACUCUCAGCCAUCCUGCCCAUGGGGCUUGGCGAUGGUGCCCUUGGAGCUUCCAUUGUCAAGGAGCUCUUCCGAACGACAAAGAUGAGACCUUUUCGUGCUCUGGUCCUCAUGCCCGAGGUGAUGCUGGAAGAAGCUGAAGCCAGAUACAAGGCAGUAGCAGGUGGUGGUUUGUUGGUGAUGCGAUUGGAAGCAAGCGACUCGGGCACAGACAAGGUGGUCAAGGCUCUGACAUCAUCGAUCGGACUAGUUGUGGUUGGUUCAUAUGCCGAUGCUAUCUACUUUGUCAGGGGCUUCCGUCGUGCCCGUUCUCAGUUGAUGAAUUUGCUCGUGUGCGAGAUGGCGCACGUGGCCCUUACGGAUGAUGAGGAUGCUUACAAGGUAGUGAUGGAAUGGGAGAAGACCUAUCGCGUGCAAGUGUUGCAGUCCCUCUUUAUCUCGGGUCAAUCCCUGGAAGCUGAUCCAGUUCAGGGUUUGGAGGAAGCUACAAUGGAAGUGCCAGGAGUGCCAUCCUACAAGGUGGUAGCGAGACGUGGUGGACCAGGAGGGCCGGAGGUGUUUGCAGUGCAUUUGGAACAGGCUCAAAAAUCGGGCCUCACUGUGCCUCUGAAACUCGUGGUGUUACAAGCCAACAGCAAAGGUCUCAUUGAAGGUCUUGCAGCUCUCCACCAGUCGUUGGGCGUUGAAAUUGUGAAGGCGAUUCCUGAAUCUGCUGGCGGUGGCAAAGAGGAAGCAGUCGAUGUCCUGAAUCAGGAGGUGCAGAAUCGAACACAGGGCCAGUGCAAGGUGCUGGUCGGGACAGCGGUGCCAGAUGCCAUUCUGGUAGUUGGAAACCAACCAGAUCCUAUGUUCCUUCUCCAGGCUGUUGGGCAGCUCGCCUUCAAAGUUCGGCAGAAGAAAGCAGCGUACAUUGUAAUUCUGGGCGGUUCUGGACCUGCCCCGACCGCGGCAUGGCAGGCCAUGUCUGCGCAUGACCCUCGCUUGAAGCUGGCAAUGCAAAAAGCUGCUGUCGAUAGAGCCAAACGUGGACAGUCACUGGGUUGGGAGGACUUGCCAUCCUUGCUGCAAGACAUGCUGGUGGAUGGUUUCGGUCCUGAGAAGGUGUCCAAGAAUUGGCUGCUGAAAGCUGUGGAUGAAGCGAUUUUGAAUGCUGCUGACAGUUGGGACUUGAUGUACGGUCAUUUCUUGGCCUUCAGAGAGACCAUGGAGGAUCCAACGAAACCCGUGCCACUUGGUGCUGAAAUUCACGGCGUCGAAGUAGGCAAAUGGGUAGCUCGUCAGUUCCUCGCAUGGCGUUCUGGCACAUUGAGCCCGAAUAGAAGAGAACUUCUGACACAAGGCGGCUUGGAUGUCGAAGAGAAGGACUCACAGAGUUUUGCACAAGGUUUAGCCGAGUUUGAGCAGCAUGUCCAGGACAGGCAUGGAAAUCCCUACGUGCCUCCAGCUUACUUCACACCCAGUGGCUUUCCCCUCGCCGCUUGGUGUAUCAAGCAGCGUGCAGAUUGGCGUCGUGGCCUUUUGAGCGUGGAACGUCAGUACAUGCUUGAUGCCGUUGGUUUUUCACCAGUGGCCCAUCCAGAUGAUGUGGCAGUGCGAGAGGAAACCAGGGCGGUGGAAGCAAUUUUGCGAAGUGGCCAGCUUUUCCCACAGAAGCGCCGGAAUCGCAUCUUUGCAGAUCUUUUGAAGAGAUAUCAUCCUGAUUCUAUGGCAAGACUUGUGAGAAGAACAAACAAGGCAGCGCUUGAUCAGGUGGUUCAAUUUCUGGCUGGAUAUCGCAAAUGA